ACUAUAUCGAAACGUGGUAAGAGAAUCGAUCGAGGGUAUUUUUCAUUCUAUCAAUAGAUAAGAGCAGAAUUCAGAUCAGAAUCUGCUAGUGUUUCAUCUUUGAGGUGAAGAAAAGCUAAGUAGGAGGCUUUAAUGGAGUUAGACAAGGACAACUUCUACCAAUCUGGCCCAUCAUUUCUCACUGCACUUGACUGGAGCAAUUCGAAUCAUAGAAGAUCGAUCGCGGCGAGCUUAGUCCAAGGAGUGUACGCAAUGGAGCGCGACCGCCGGCAGAAUCGGCACGGUGGCCCAUACGCCAUGGCGCCGCCGUGGUGGCAGUUCUUCAACUUCAACCUCGUCGAAAUCCUCUUCGACAAACACGAUGUCUCCAUCUUCGGCGCCGUCUUCGAAUACACAGCCUACUCCCACGCCGUCGUCUGCUACUCCGGCAGCCAAUCGCCGCCGCCGCGGUACGUCGUCGCCGUCCGCGGAACGAUCCUAAACGCCGGCAUCAGAGAGGAGGACUCCAAGCUCAAUCUCCACUGCGUCCUAAACAAUCUCGACCGGAGCACACGUUUCGCCACCGCACUGGCCGCCGCAGCCCGGUGGAGCGCCGCCGCCGGAAUCUGGCUCGCCGGCCACUCCCUCGGAUCCGCCAUUGCGCUUCUCGUCGGACGGAAAAUGAUCAAACAAUACGGAAUCCAUCUGGAGACCUAUUUAUUCAAUCCGCCAUUCCCGUCGCCGCCGAUCGGCAGGCUGAGCAACGAGACUUUGAAAUUCGGGUUCCGGCUGGCCGGAAAUUUGGCGACGGCGGCGCUGGCGACGGCGCUGAAAGUAGAGAAUAAGGAGAAGGACCAUUUCAGAGUGCUUUCGAGAUGGAUACCUUACCUGUUUGUGAAUCCAUGGGACCCGAUCUGCUCGGAAUAUUUGGGAUAUUUUGAGCAGAGGGAGAAGAUGGGGAUGAUAGGUAGGAUAGCGAUGAAGCAUUCGAUUGGGAGCAUCGUGGGGAAGACGAUGAUGGGGAAGGAAGACGACUGUGAGGCUGCCCAUUUGAUACCUUGCGGGUACUUGAGUAUCAAUUCGGGUUCGGGUUAUCGGAGCUUCAUGGAAGCUCAUGGGAUCCGGCAGUGGUGGAGCCCCGAUUUGGAGCUGCGGUACCAACUGCAUCGUUACAAUUCAUUUAAGUAAUUUUUUAUUUUAAUAAUUGUUUAUUUUUUAUUUUUUUAUUUUUUUUAAUUGGGUAUUAAUUAUUAUUAUAUAUAGAUGUAUGUAUCGAAUUCUUGAAUUGAAAUGAGCACAU